CCCACCCCGCUGGCUAACAGCUGCAACGAGCCCUGUGUCAGGCAGUGCCAGGACUCCCAGGUCGUCAUCCAGCCUCCCGCCGUGCUGGUCACCCUGCCGGGACCCAUCCUCAGCUCCUUCCCCCAGAACACCGCCGUCGGAUCCUCCUCAUCCGCUGCCGUGGGCAGCGCCCUCAACGCCCAGGGAGUGGCCAUCUCCUCCGGCGGCUUCGGCUUCGGAGGCCUGGGCUGCUUCAACGGCGGCAGAGCCCGCUACCCCUGCUAAGGGCCUGCGCCCACACCCUCACACCAACCACCUGCACCCUGCAAGGCGCAUCACGCACUGACCUCACGUCUCUGUGUCACCCAUGGCCCAAGAGCUCACCAGCCAUGGCUCCUCUUUUCAUGGAAUGAAACAGAGAAGGAUGGAACAACUUCAGACCAUGCUUGGAAACAUGAGUGCAGUAACUUCCUUCUGUCUUUGCAGCUUAAAUUGUGCUCUUUCCACUUGGCGAUCACCAAGUGGAUCCUUUCUUUUCGUGUGUUUCUCUCAAUAAAGAUCUUAUGCAUGUCAGCCUCAGAUUCCUCUUCUUCAUUCCUUUGCAUAAUGUCCCUUCCACUUCACCCAUUACAAAGACACGGCACUGCAAACCGUCAUGUCUGCUACAAGAGGGCCACAGACCUCCUCUUGUCACACACAAGAGCUUUGGUGCCUAGCAGAUGGCCUUCAUCACAUUAUAAGUUAUAUAUACUCCUACACUGAUGCAGUCUUGGCCCUCAAAGGGCUCUUCUGCCUGUGCUCUCUCAUACAACAUCUCUCCGUCAGUGCACACUUGAU